GAAGUUAUAUUACAGCUUAUUCACAUCGGUUUUAUAAUCGGCAUAUACGAAGUAAAAAGAGAAGUAAAACAUUAAUUUCACGACCUUUUGUAUGUAUGAAUUUGGGACUUAAAGACUUGAAUAGGUUCUAAAUUACUCUUCAUCUUUAUGGCUUAAAUUCUAUAUGCUACAAGAGCUUAUUAUAUGGGAACGACUCGUGUACUCGGAGGACAAUGAAUGGAUGUGAAGUGUUUUAUUUCUCAUUUUCUUUGAGGAUAUUUUAACAUGAUUUUCAUUUUGUUCCUAAUUGGCUUGUUUGGAGGCUAUGUAACUUGUAAACAGGAUGGUGUCCAUCUGACUUGCAAUGGCGACUCGAUGGUAGUUAGACUCGACGCCAGCCGUCUACUCGAAGAUACCGCAUCACCAUUCUCCGUUCACUUCAUUGAUCCUUCGUGCAAUGAAGAAGGUAAUGGCGCCAAUACCGUUACCAUAGCAACACCUUACAACAAUUGCGGAACAUUUAAGCAGGUUCAAGAUGCAAGCAUUGUAUACUCAAACCGAAUUUACUUCCAAUCAACUAACGGAGAAAACCUCGAUAUUCUCGUAGAAUGCGAGAUUGUUCGACGAGAUUUCACGGUCGGUGUCAUGUCCUCGUCAUCGAUCAACGAUCUAUCGACAUCGAACGACAACGUCAACGACACCAUCAGCGAACCGCAGGUUGGAUAUGGAGCAUUUUACGUCACGAUGGAACGAUAUACCGAUGCGAAUUUUAAAGACAAAUAUUCAAAUUCAGACCUCGGUCUAGGCCUGGACCAAGACCUAUUCUUUGAAGUAGAACUCAGGGAUGUCGGAGAUUUGAGGCUUAAUCUAGAAUCCUGUUGGGCCACAGUCGAAUCAGCGUCGGAUUCUAAACCUCAGUAUGAAUUUAUUUCCAAUGGCUGUAAAGUGGAUGAGACUGUGGUGUUUUAUAACGAGCCUACCUCCCCUGCCAUUCAACGAUACUCAUUCCGUUCUUUUGCUUUCAGAGGCUACAAUCCAGAGGUGUACAUACAUUGCAAAGUUUUCGUUUGUGACGUAGAGAGCUCAGAGUGUAUCCCAUCAUGCAACAAUUCGAGACGGAGAAGAAAUGCAAAUAAGAAGAGCAUCAUUGCAAGAGAUCUCAGAACUUAUCAACAUUGGUCAAAUCGUCAUUAACCAAUAUCUAUACGAAUUGAUUUGGAAUAAAUUAAUGUAAUGAAUACCAUUCCCGAAAAAUAUAUUUUAUCAGUUACUCUCUAUAAACGCAAAUGAUUUAAUCUGGUCCACUAAUCACGCUCUUUUCAGAGUGAGAAGAACUCUUUGCAUCUUUCUAGAGUGGAUUUUACCACUUUUUUGUAAGGUUCAUAAUAGUUCAUCAGGUAGUAUUUAUUGUCGAAAUAAAUAUAGAAAUGAAAUUUGCAUGUUUACUUGGUGUUGAAGAUAGAAAACAUGAUAUGGAAAAUGAACGUAUUUACAAAGAGUCAAACACUGACAUAAUACACACGAAUAUAUACGUGCAUAGGAUUUUAGAACGUUUUGUGUAUUUUAAUUGACAUUGAAAUUAAGAAUGAGAUUGGAAUUGGAUCCGUAACUAAUAUUGUGCAUUGAAAUGGAGUAUACGGGGCCUUUAAAGUGCCAUCGACUUGACGACUUGGCGAGAUACUUUAUCUUG